AUGAGGCUCCAGCAGGCUCGCAACAAGGAAAAGCCCUUCACCUGCUCCGACUGCGGGAAGGGAUUCAGCCGGUCGUCCAGCCUGAUGAUCCACCAGCGAGUCCACACCGGGGACAGGCCAUUCCCCUGCUACACGUGUGGGAAGCAGUUCACUCAGUCAUGCAGUCUACUGCCACACCUGCAGAUUCACACUGAGAAGAGGCCUUUCAUCUGCUCCGACUGCGGGAAGGGAUUCAGUCGGUCAUCGAGCCUGAUGAGCCACCAGCGAGUCCACACCAGGGAGAGGCCGUUCCCCUGCACCGAGCGUGGGAAAGCAUUCACUGAGCAAUCAAAGUAUGUUCACAUUGAAAAGCGUGACAAAGACCCAUCACUGAUUAUGGACGGCACAUGA